ACGAUUAUCAACUUGCACCUUCGUAAUGAUUUAUUGUCUAUUAGCUAACUUCUAAUUAUUCAUUUUGGUCUUCGUUGCUCUCACAUUAGGUUGUGGAGCUGUUUUGGGGUUUUCUGGUAAGAGACUCUCCGAGAUGAAUCCGGCGAAUUUUCAGCCUCCAAAUCCUCCGUUCCACUGGGCUCCGAUGUUACCUCCGGACCCGCCUCGUUUUGGUAUGUUUUGGACUCCGAAGAACAUAACCGAUCAGCUCAAACAACUCCAAGAUACGCUUAACCUGGCUAAAUCAAUGGAGAAGGAACUGGAAGCAUUGAAGAUGAUCAAAGACGCCAAAGGUUCAGUGGAAAUUGUAGAACAAGGUUCAGGAGUAGAGUGUUUGAGAUAUCUAGAAGCUAUGAAGAUGGAUUUGGGACAGCAGGAGAUGCUUUCAGUGGAAGCUGCUAACUCCUUGAUGUCUACCUUGAGAUCACAGCUUGAGCCUUUUAGGUUUGUUGUUGAUGAGAAUAGUCCAUGGGAAGAGAAAUCUGCAGCAGUAAGAUUGACUUGCAAAAUGAACAAAUCGAAAAGGAACAAACUGUGGAAGAAGCGAAAGAGACGGUGUGUUGCAGAGAUGCGUGCUAAGGAGCCUGAGAGAUUUGAACAAGCUGAUCGAGAGGCCGAUGAAUGGAGGGAAAAGGAAAUGGCCAAGGACAUGGCUAAUAGAAAGGUUGAUGAGAUGAAGGCAAUUGAGAAGAUCAAGGCAAAACGUGAGCGAAGGAGACUAGAACCCGAGCUGGAACUAGCUCUGAUUGUUGAGGAAAUGCAAGAGUUACGUUCCCUAAGAAUCGAAAAACUAAAGAAGCAAGGACAUUUCCUUCCCGAAGAAGAUGACAAGUUUUUCGAGAGUGUUCGUGCUGCGGUGGAGCAAGAGGAAAACCAAGCUCAGUCCCUAAUCAACACAGAGACCGAAGCGAAUGUCAUUGCCUCUGAGGAAGACACUACUCUCACUACCAGUAACAAAACCAACAAAGACACAGAAAAAGAUAGCAAUACUAUUGCAGCUUCUUGUGAAAAGACGAUGAAAGCUCCUGAAAAUGGUUGUGACAAUAUAUCGAAUUUACCACCCGAGUUCUACCACUACUACUACGGAAGCAAUAUUGACAUGGGUAGACUUAUUGAGAUCAGAAGAGAAUGGGAUGCAUAUCUGAGUCCUGGAGGAAGCCGGAUUCCUGGACACUGGGUGCAGCCGUCGCCACCAGCUAAUGAGAUUUGGGCUUCUUGUCUUGUUGAUACUCCCAAGAGAGAUCUUAGUUAGUUGCUGUUCGAAUUCUAGGAUACAGGUUUCAGCCAGCACCACUGAAGAUCAUGUGAUUUGGUCAUGUAUCUCUGUUUCGAAACAGAUCACUAAGUAGCUUAAUAAUCAUAAAGUUGGCAA